CUCUUUUCUUCUCUGUUUUGAACUUUCACCUCAGAUUUGUGCACGCUGGAAAAGGCAACCGAGUGAAAAACGUGGAUGGUAAAAGCAAUAGAGUGGUAUUUAUUAAAUUGAGAGUUUGCACAACCAAAACUUCCCAUGUUGUCCUCCGCCCGGGUCUGAUAACUCGACUCCACCACGUGACUGAAGAUGGGGAAGGUUCCCAAGAAGAGGAGCAUGGCCGACAAGGUCCGCAAAACCAAGACCUCUACUGAAAUCAAAAACAAUCCCUUUGAAGUGAAAAUCAACAGGAAGAAGUUUGACAUUUUGGGGAGAAAAACCAAGCAUGAUGUGGGUCUUCCUGGUGUGGCUCGAUCCAAAGCCAUUAAUAAGAGAAAAGAAACCCUCCUGAAGGAAUACAAACAGAAGGGCAAGUCCAGCAAAUUCAUUGACAGACGCUUCGGGGAGUACGACACCAACAUGGCACCAGAAGACAAAAUCCUGAAGAGGUUCGCGAUGGAGAGACAGCGCGUCCAUGAUAAGAAGGAUCUGUACAACCUGAACGAGGAGGAGGAGCUGACUCAUUAUGGCCAGUCGCUGGCUGAGAUAGAGAAGUUCAACGACAACGUGAAUAGCGAUGAUGAAUCGGAAGAGAAAGGUCUUCUAUCAGCUGAGCUGACCGCCUCCCACUUUGGAGGAGGAGGGGGUCUCCUCAGAAGGAAAACACCAGGGGAGCAGCAGGACGGCGAGGACAACCAUAGAGCCAAGUCCAGACAGGAGCUCAUUGAAGAGCUCAUCCAGAAGUCCAAGCAGGAGAAGCGGGAAAGACAGGUGCAGAAAGAGGAGUCACAGGAGCUGACUGAGAAGCUGGAUCAGGAGUGGAAGAGCAUCCAGUCUCUGAUGGUGACAAAGAUGCCCAAAAGUGAACGUCCCGAGGAGGAGAAACCAAAGCUGGAACAGUAUGACAUGAUGGUCAGAGAGCUGGUCUUCGAGAUGAAGGCUCAGCCCUCGGAGAAGCUGAAAACCCCAGAGGAGGUGGCCCGGGAGGAGAGGGAGAAGCUGCAGAAACUAGAGGCUGACCGCCUGAGGAGGAUGAUGGGAGAAGAAGUCGGCGAGAGUUCACAGAGUCAAAUUCACAUCUCUGCUGAUGACCUCAACGACGGCUUCAUCCUGGAUAAGGAUGACACGAAGACCCUGUCUUACCAGGAUGGAAAAUGGAACAUUGGAGAGGAGUCUGAGGACGAUAAGGAUGAAGAGGGAGAUGAAGAAGAGGGACAGAGUGGAGAGGAGGAGGAGGAGGAGGGAGAGGAUGAAGAAGAAGUAGAUGGAGAUGAGGAGGAGGGAGAGGAGGAAGAGGAGCAGGAGGGCAGCAGUGAAGAAGAAGAUGGUCACUCGGACCUGGAGUCCGAGCAAGAAAGCGAGGAUGAGGAGACAGAAGAGACCAGUGCCGAACCGAGUCUGAGCAAAGAGGAGAUGAAGGCCCAACAGGAAGCAGCUAAAGCAGAGCUCCCAUACACAUUCACUGCUCCAGAAAUCUACAGCGACCUGAAAGAUUUGCUCCACGGCCACACGCCUGACAACCAGCGCCUCAUCGUGGCCAGGACUCAGAAGAGCAACCAUGCUAGUUUGGCUGUAGGCAAUAAGCUCAAACUGCAGAAACUGUUUGGCUUUUUGUUGGAGUACAUUGGAGAACUGGCCACCAGGAGUCCCCCUGAACUCACCACCAUAGAUAAGCUCAUACCAGAGUUGUACACUAUGUGUCAGAUGUUCCCAGAAGCAGCCUGUAAGACCAUGCAGACCAUCUUUGGAGACGCUGGUCAUAGCACGGAGGAGGUGCUUGAGGUCAAAGGGCAUAUUCCUUUCCCAACUCUAGACAUGCUCGUCUACCUGAAGGUGACAGCGCUGCUGUUUCCUACCUCAGACUUCAGACACCCCGUUACGACUCCGGCGCUGCUUUACAUCAGCCAGGCUCUCACCAAGUGUCCAGUGAGAUCAUUACAGGAAGUGACGUCAGGUUUAGCGCUGUGCUGUCUGGGAGUGGAGUACGUCACUUUUUCAAAGCGCUUCCUGCCGGAGCUCAUCAACUUCCUGGCUGGAACGCUGCAUCUCGCCGUGCAGGACAAGACCUCUCUAGGUUACACUGUGGUGCCGCCUUUUAGACCAUCAGGGAAGUGCAGCGACCUGCUGGUGCUGUCAGACUCUGAGUCCUGCAAGAGCUGGAGUAAGAAGAGCCUUCCACUGUCUGCGACACAACACCUGGAACUCAGAAAUGACCUGGACAAAGAUCACCACAGGUUGACCUGUCUGUCUACCUGCCUGGACCUGGUGAAGCGAUGCUGUCUGCUCUACAAAGACCUCACGUCCUUCACGUGCGUCUUUCAGCCAAUCAGAACGCUGCUUUCCAAACACCUCUCAGCCCAAACAUUACCAGAGACUUUACAGGAGCUUCACGGUGAGAUCCUGGAGAGCAUCAGCAGCGCUCCUGUGACUCGCAGUCGGCUGGUUCUAGAGAGGAAGAAGCCGAUUCCCCUGAAGCUGCUCACACCCAAGAUUGUUGAAGUGUUGGACUACGGAAAGAAACGUGGCAGCACCAGAGAGGAGAGAGAGAAGGAGCGUCUGAAGCACAAGUACAAGAAGGAGUUCAAGGGCGCUCUGAGGGAGAUCAGGAAGGACACGCGCUUCCUGGCCAGAGAGAAGCUCAACGAGGUCAUGGACAGAGAUUCGGAGAGAAAGAGGAAAGUGAGGGAGCUCUUUGGCAGCUUGGCCACUCAGGAGGGAGAGUGGAAGGCACUGAAGAGGAGGAAGAAGAAGUGAAGGACAGAAUCUCACUCUUCAUCGUAUCUUUCGUCAUCUGUUUUCUUGUCAAAAUGGACAUCUCCCAUCCAGAUGUGGAUAACAGCCUGUUCAAGGUUGAAAUCUGUGGAACUAGGAACCGUUAUGUACUUUAUGGAUUAUUUUUUAUUCACAAAAUGGGACAAAUUCAACUUCUUGUUCCCACAGCACGCAUUUUAUAGUGUUUUGACAAAUAGCUGUCAGGAACGCACACCAAGUUGUCAAAUAUUAUGAUGUCGGCGUUUGAUGCGAAGAUCGGAUACUGUUGUUGGAAGUGUCAGUCAACACAGCAGUGAAUACUUGGUUUGCAUUCUUCUCUUUUAUCACCAGAAUCCAUAACUAUAAUGUGCUUAAAUACAGCAAAAAAUAAAAUAAAAGACAGUAUCUUUC